AUUUAUAAUUACUGAUGUCGCUCCCAAAUUCAAAAAACGGUUGUCCGACUAGCUGUGAUUCCCAUUAAUCAUUCUUUUUUCUAUACGUUCUUUGUACACUGCGGAACGAGAUGCGAGGCGGAACGCUCAAUCCGCUAGUCGUGUUGGUGGCCAAACCUUAUCAUUUAUCUUGAGGUGAACACAGUAGGCACCCUGAGCGGCUGCAGAGGCCUAUCGUAAUCUCCAAACUCCAAAAGCCGAACAAACCACUUUCGUUGUCGGUAAAUGAGGAGCGGAGAGCGCGGCCGCUUUGCUUAUUUAUGGUCACUUCGUCGCCAAAAUCUGACCGGCAAAGCGGGGCGGAGGCAUCGCAAGUGUACAAAUUAUUUUGUUUGACGUCUAUUGUGCAACAUGCUGUGGUGACUGAUGCCCAAAACCCUAUAUAAGUAUGAUGCAUCCUACUCCAGUAGCCCCCCUCUUCCUCUAUUCCUUCAAGAACCACCGCAAUGUGUUCUUCUCACGCCACUGCUGUCGAGUCCGUCUCUCCCGCUCCCCGAAAAAGCCAAUACGAGGUCAAGUACGACCCGGAUCUUGUUCUCAAGAGCGCCGAAUUCAAGGAGCUGAAGCAAGGGGACAAGGAGCUUGAGGAUCCUAAGGCCAACCUUGCCUGCGCCUACGAUGAGAAACACAACGUGAAGAUGAUCAACAAGCCCAUUCCUAAAGCCAGGCAGGAUGAGGUCGUCGUGCACAUCAAAGCCACUGGUAUCUGUGGUUCCGACGUCCAUUUCUGGAAGCACGGUCAGAUUGGUCCCACCAUGAUCGUCACUGACACUUGCGGUGCUGGCCAUGAAUCUGCCGGUGAAGUCGUCGAGGUGGGUCCCGGAGUCGAACAGUGGAAAGUCGGAGACAGAGUUGCCAUCGAAUGUGGCGUUCCCUGCGGACAAGCCAGUUGUGGUCCUUGCGUGACUGGCAGGUAUAACGCUUGCCCUCAAGUCGUCUUCUUCUCGACGCCCCCUUAUCACGGUACUUUGACCCGUUAUCACGCCCACCCUGCCUCUUGGCUCCAUCGACUCCCCGACAACCUCUCGUACGAAGAAGGUGCUUUGUGCGAGCCUUUUGCCGUUGCAUUGGCGGCUCUUGAAAGGGCUGGUAACCGUCUGGGUGACCCUGUUUUGAUUUGCGGUGCUGGACCUAUUGGUUUGGUUACUCUUCUCGCUUCCCACGCUGCUGGUUGUACGCCUAUUGUUAUCACCGACUUGCAAGCAUCCCGUCUUGAGGUCGCCAAGAAGCUUAUCCCAACCGUGAAGACUGUCCAGAUCGAACGUAGCUGGACUUCAAAGGAGACCUCUGAAGCUAUCAAGGAGGCUGCUGGCACCGGUAUUCGUGUUGCCAUUGAUGCCACUGGCUUCGAAAGCUCAAUUACUGCUGCUAUCUAUUCUGUUGUGUUUGGCGGAAAAGUCUUCGUCAUUGGUGCCGGUCCUUCUGAGCAAAAGUAUCCCUUCGGUUACUGCUCUGCCAAUGAGAUUGACCUCCAAUUCCAAUACCGUUACGCCCACCAAUACCCUAAAGCCCUCCGCAUUGUUUCUGGCGGCCUCAUCAACUUAAAGCCGCUUCUCACUCACACUUUCCCCCUUAACAAAGCUGUUGAAGCUUUCCAUGUCGCAGCUGAUCCCACCAAGGGGGCUAUCAAGGUACAGAUUAUUGAUUAAUACUAUAUCAUCCACAUAUCUAAGCACAAUCAAAAUUUCAUCUUAUCAAUCAGGGACAGAAGAGCGUACAUCUAUAGCGGACACAAUAGCAGCAGGAUAGAUUGGAGCAUUUGGCAGGUAACAUGCAUAGACUUUCAGCACGC